UGUUGCACUCGCUGGUCUUGCGGAUCGGAGAGAGAGAGAAGCAGCGUGAUUCGGAAGUGAUUCUGUUAGGAAAAUCGACUCUCGACACUCUCGAAUUGAAAUCGAGGUGCGGAUGUAAACACAUGUAUAUUUUUUACUAGAAUUACGACAUCAUGGUCGCAGGAGAAUUUCAAGCUGUUGUCUUGGCCGCUGGCCACGGGUCUCGGAUGACAGAGGUCACAGCUGGACGGCCCAAAUGUCUUCUUCCCAUUGCAAAUAUGCCAAUGAUCUGGUACCCUUUAAGAAUGCUUGAAAGAGAAGGGUUCCAAGAUGCUAUUGUCAUUGUUGCGGACAAUACGAAAAGCGAAAUUCAAGCAGCUUUAGAGAAAUGCAACCUUUCCAUUCGCUUGGACUAUGCCGCCCUCCCUCCUGGAAAAGAAGAUUGGGGCACUGCUGAUUCCUUACAAUUCAUCAAUGAGAAAAUCAAAUCUGAUGUUGUAGUUGUUAGUAGUGAUUUUAUCACAGAUGCUUCAUUAUAUCCUGCCCUGGAGCUUUUCCGCAAAAAUGAAGCUGCAGUUACCAUGUUUUUCCUGAAACCUGCAGAGGUUUCUGCUGGGGAUUCACUGCCCACCCCAGGACCCAAGACCAAGCACAAACCUGAGAGAGACUUAGUUGGUAUCAACGCAGACACGUCAAGACUUGUUCUGCUGGCAUCUGUGUCUGAUUUUGAUGAAACAUUGCCUUUGUCGCGAGGACUUCUUCGAAAACAUCCCCAUUUGCAAUUGUACAGCAGACUUUUAGAUUCACAUGUCUAUAUUUUACGUAAAUGGGUUUGCGAGUUUCUUGUUCAGGAAAGGUCUUUAGGUACUUUGAAGGGAGAGCUAUUGCCAUACAUCGUUCGGAAGCAGUCAUCAAAGCCCACCCAAAAAGUUGAAGAUGCUUCCACCAUUAGAGGAAAUACGAAGAAUGAUAUUUUCCAGUUUGCCAAGGAGAGCACAUUAGUUAGUAAGGUAUUGCCAAUAUCCCUAUCAAAUGAUCACUGGGGCGAUAUGAAAGGCACAUUUCAGGAUGAUAAGAUACGCUGUUAUGCUCAUAUAGUGGAAGGAACUUCUUUUGGUAUGAGGGUUAACACGCUUCAGGCAUAUGCUUCUAUCAACAGAGAGAUUUUACAAAUUUGGGAAAAGGUGACGGGUGGAAAUGUGUUAGUGCGCCUGCAUCCUGGAGCAGAAGUCAAGUCCACCCAAGUCGAUGAUUCAACUUUGGUGGGAGAGGGUACAUUGCUAAAUGAAAAGACAUCUUUCAAGAGCUCUACCAUUGGUGCUUCCUGUACAGUUAUGAGCAGAACAAGAAUUUCAAACUGUGUCAUCAUGAAUAAUGUGAAAGUUAAUGAAGGGUGCGUUUUGACCAACUGCAUACUUUGUGAUGGGGUUGAAGUUGGAGCCAAUACAGAGUUGAAAGACUGUCUGGUGGGGGCUAAACAUACUGUUGGUGCCGGAGAUAAACAUAAUCAAGAAUUUUUGGCAGAUGAGGAUGUUCUAAUGGAAAUUUAA